CUGCGCGUGCGCGACUAGGCGAGGCUGUCCUGGGUCAGAGUUCCUAGUUGGAAAUCUGCUGCCGCCGCUGCUCCUGUGCCCAAGGGUCAACAUCUGCCAGGUUGAGAAGCGAAGCUAAUUGUUGGGGCGAUGGCGAAGGCGAAUGCUAGCGGCGACGGUAAGCCUGGAAAGGAGCCGUGGCGGGGUUGCUAUUAUACCCUCGAAGAGAUCCAGAAGCACAAUCACAGCCAAAGCACCUGGAUCAUCCUGCACCACCGUGUUUAUGACCUCACAAAGUUUCUGGAAGAGCACCCAGGAGGUGAAGAGGUUCUAAGGGAACAAGCGGGAGGAGAUGCUACAGAAAGUUUUGAAGAUGUUGGCCAUUCCACAGAUGCCAGAUCAUUGUCGGAUACAUUCAUUAUAGGAGAACUUCAUCCAGAUGACAGGAAAAAAGUUCAGAAACCAACGGAACCUUACAUUACCACUCUUGAUUCUAAUUCCAGCACAUGGUCCAACUGGGUGAUUCCAGCUAUAGCAGCAAUUAUUGUGGCCCUUAUGUACCGUUUCUACAUGAUGGAAUAAUCAACAUAUUGAGAAGCUAUAAUGGAACAGACUGUUUUGGGAAAGAGAACCAAAAAAUGCAUCCGAACCUUCACAUCAAGACAGUAUCUGAGAACAACUUUAAAAUUCCAUCCUACUCUUUCCCAGAAAGCCAAAAUAGGUUGCUUCAGCAAUGCACUUUUUAACUCUGCCUUUUACGUAACUGUUUUUAAGUGCUAAAAAUUCAGAGGUCUCUUUUAUAUCAUAAUGUUCAUCAAUUAACUAUCUGAUAUUAUCACAAGGUUUCUUAAGAAUAAGACCACUGAUUUUAUCUAUGUUAUCAGUAUGAGACAAGGACACUAAUGCUUAAGGCUUGUCUGGGUUUUCUAUGAGUUUGUUGGACUUCUUUUGCUAAAACAGUUAGCAGGAGGUUGUGUCUAUGCAAAUUCCUUCCAUUUUUUUUUGCCUUCAUUUAGAAUUUUCUAAUGCAAGGACCCACUUUCCAUCAGUUUCAUAGGUAUAAUUUGUAUAUUUUCUUCUCCCCCCAAAAUCAUAGUAAGAUUUUGGUAUGGAAAUGAGACUUAAGGCAUAUGUAUAUUUUUUCCAUUUAAAACACCAUAUUUUUCCGUGUAUAAGACGAGUUGUUUUUAUUUUUUUUAAAUGCUUAAAAUUGGGGGUUGUCUUAUACACCAAUAGUUGAGAUUUUGGAUGGGCAAUGGUGACUGCGGCAAGGUCUGCAGGCAAUUGGGCGUGCAAUUGGGCGUGCGACUGGUGGGCAGACGAUUGUUGGCUUUGUCGAUGCGUGCGAUUGUCAGCCGUGGUCAGGUGGGUUAGGCCCCCAAAAAGCUCAACAACUCUGGGCAGUCUCCCCCAUUUCCUCAAUUUGGAGUCCCCCAAAAUAGGGGUCAUCUUAUACACGGAAAAAUUAUGGUAGCAUGAUUCCACUAGGUAGCAUGGCCAGUUCCAGCCCCACAAUCCGUAAACAGACCCCUGUGUUGCAAUAUAGACAAGCUGAACAAUAUAACACAACACAAUGACCAAUAACAAUGACGCUAAACACUAUUUAUAGACUAAUACAAAUGACCAGAAAUUACAGCCAAAGUCUCUAAAUCUUCUUCACCAGUCGCUGUAGAAUAAUUCAAAAGUUCAAUAUAUACAUAAUCUGUCACCAAAUAUUGCUGGAGCAGAGUUUCCAGAUAACCAAUCUGUUUCGUUCUGUGCUUCAUCAGCCAAUCUUGAUCAAUUCUUCAUCAACCAGACUACAGUAUCAUAUGAGCACUGAUCCAGAGCAUAUUUUAUACAGCGUUUGUAUUUGCUUACGUGUAAGAUUGGCUUGUUAAGAAAUUGAACUGCAUCCUUCUCAUAUUAAUUCUUACAAGUCUGGCUGUACGUAUAUAUCAAACUUUUGAAUUAUUCUACUGCAACUUUUGAAUUAUUCUACCGCAACUGAAGAAGAUUUAGAGACUUUGGCUGUCAUUUCUGAGCAUUUGUAUUAGUCUAUAUAUAUCUGGUUGUACUAAAUGCUGCUGAUCGGCAACAGAUUUCCACUCAUCACAAUGGAACUUUCCCCUCUACUGUCCCUUUGCAGCCCCUUGUGCACCCUCAAAAUUUGCUCCAUAAGGUUGGCUGGACCCUGCAGAGCAAAUUUUAAAGAUUCACGAAAGGGAAAUCCUGUUGUAGGAGUAAAUCUUUUACAUGCAGCAUUGGAGACAACCCAUAGCCUGGCCUACCAGAAAUUUUGUUAAAGGAAUAAGAGAGGGAGAAAAUAUUCAGGGAGGAAUUCCACAUAGCUUGGCUGAAGGAAGGAUCUACUCACUCCUCCCUCCACCUUGCACUGUUUCAGGGUGGGCAAUGCAAAUGGGGGGGGGCAUUGUGCUUGCGGAAGUCCUUGCAUAGGUUUCCACUGGUUAGAUUAGUUAGUUGAAUGUGGGCCCUGUCUUUGAUUUUCCAUUGCCUAUGUAAAUUGCUUAAGUCUAAAUGAAAUAGAGCUAUUUUAAUCAGAAUCCACAUAAUUGUGCAACUCUUGCUUAAUUAUCCUUAAUUAACUUGAUACCUGUCUCUGAUUUCUGUGUGAUUUCCAAGUCCUGCGGAAUACAAGUAAAAACAUAUGUGACCUUCCUGUGCCUGUUUAUUUUGAUGAAAUAAGGGAGUGAAAAUCGGUAGUUUGCAUCAUGUGCCCAUUUUUGUUUUACUUACCUGUGUGUAUGUCACUUGCUAACAACACUUGCAUUGGUCACAUGGAAGAUACUCUGAAAUAAACUCAAAUGUUUACUUUA